UGAACAUCCUGGGCGGUAAUUCUCAACGUACGGUACUGUUUGCAGUAUUUCUGUACUUACUUCAAUUUAAUCUUGUAGAUAUUUUUGCACAGUGAGUUCACUCAACAUGAACAUAUUUGACGCGUUAACAAUCGAACAUUUUUGUGUGUUUUUCCACUCAGUUUCUGAACUUGUAGGAAUAUUUGAAGUGGACGGUAAUAAUUUAAUAUCCCUACGUUUAUCGGUAAUUUAAGAGUAGUAUUGACUAUGAUGUUUACUUAGUAUCACGUGAACAUCAGCGGGUAAAUAGUUUGGUAUUAGUUGUUUUGGUUUAGAGCCUUUUAUAUAGUCGUAUUAUAAGGGGAUUUAAUUUGGUAUGUUUUGGUUUCAUUCGCAUUAACGUCAUCUGCAACCCUUAUCAAAGUUCCACCCUAUUUUAUGAUUUCAAGUAGAACACUCAUAUUUUCAUUUUCUGGUAAAUUCUUUAGUCCCAGAUAUGUUUUCCACCCACGGUAGUUUUUAUGAAUUCCCUUCUCCCGUUUCAACUCUGUAUGUUAGUCAUAUAACGAUACAGUCCAUUUUACAUGAAGUCACCAAGUGUUGAUCUAUUGGCACAGACCCAAUUAUAUCUACUUCGAUUUAGACUAGGUAGUAUCACUAAGCCUUAUACUUAAAUUAUAGCUCAAAACCAAGUACAUGAAUUUACCUGUUGAUGUAUAAUGAGUUUGUCUGUGUGGCGUGAAGAUGUAUUAAUUAUCUGGAUGGGUAAUGAAAACCACUUUGUAGUCUCUGAGUGCCUUAACUUUAAAAUGGUUGUUAUAGUGUGGAUGGUGCUGCGUUGUCAUCAGUCAGACGUUGAUGUCUGUAAACUUGGUUUUUGAUUUGUUAGUGGACAAGUUGUUCAUUGCCGUAAUUUGUCGAAUACUUUAUUCAGAAAUAGUUUUGAUUUCUUGAUAUAGUCACAUAAUCAAUCAAUAGGCUAGCUGUUUUAUUUUGUGAGAUCUCUUUGAUUGGGAUUUAAGCAUCGUUUGCUGUGAAUCGCUUGAGAUUUUAGAACAAUGCGUUUGCCGUUACUUUCAAAUUUUAAAAGUUUUAUUAUUUGUCACUUAUUCUUCAUUCUACAUUUUAGAAUUCAAAGGAUGUCUUUAUUUUGAAUAAUUAAUUUGAAGGGAGUGCUCAGAAUGUCGGCUUCUUUUGACCAAAUAUUUCACACUGGCUUGUUAGAUUUACCUUGCCAUCGUUUACUUGAAGUACAGUGUCUAAAAUUGAGAAGACCUCUCGUCUGCUUGAGCCCAGUUGCGAAAACGCAUAUUGUUAAUUAUACUUUAAAUAUAGUAAAAAGUCUUUGUGAUGCUGCUGCUCCUACCUCUAUUGGUGAUAUUAUACAAUCCAUAGAUUACUGUUUUCCCGAGAAACUUAAGCCUUCUCCUCAAUUUCUGGAUGAGGUUCAAUCUCAUAUUGAGAAAGGAAAAAGAAAAACAUUGUAUAUUUCUGCCGAUAAAGUCUUUUCCUGCUUCAAGUUGGUGUUUCCACGCAUGGAAUCAAAUGUCUCCUUGUUCCUGACACAUCUAAUGGAACAUAUUAUGGGACAAAUCGUUCAGUGGGUUGUAAAUUAUGAGUCGAAAAUUCAGUCAGGAUAUAUUGAGGCUACAGAUGUUCAUCAUAUCUUCAGUUUAUUUGGAGCACCAAAACUAUCAAAAUCACCAGUUUGUUAUUCCCUCCCGUUCCUACCUAGAAAGUCUGCAGAUUACAAGGAUUAUGCAAAAGAGAUUCAGUAUUUAUUGCGAUUCAGUGUCCAGCACCUUGGAAUCAUCGUACUCAUUUUUGGUGACUCACUUAUGGAAGAGUUAUCACAUGUCCGCAUUGUUACAGAGUCACUUCUCACUGAAUAUGAAGAUAUCCAUAAUAUUAACUUGACAGCUCGACGUUUACUAGGUGCUAUCAAAUCUGCUCAGCUUGUUUUUGAUCGUGCUUCAGAAGUGCAUAGUCAUGUAACUGUGCUAAGUGAGUGUAUCGACGAUGCUUUUGAGGACCAAACUCGCCUCAUCGGUUCAUGUUUGAUAGAGGCUGCAGAAGACGGAACAUUGUACAACUUUGCGCACUACGCAGAUACACUUUUUAGUAAUGAUUGUCGUGAGUGGAUAAGUAUUUUGGCUCAAACACCUUGUAUUAUGCGGACAAUUGCAAAUGAAUUUCAGAAGGUCCUACAAGUCACUCUUAGCAAUGCAUCUAGUCGUCGUCAAGCUGAGAUAAAAUUACGUUUUUCUGAUCCACAUUCAUGUCAAUUAUGUACCCCAAGUUUUGGUUAUGAUCCAGUUGGUCUGACAUCUUCUGGGCCAUCUUCAGGUUCAUGUUGUGUUCUAACCCAUCACUCUGACAGUCCACAAUCUUACUGGUCGAAUAUGUUAUCUGGACACACUAAUUAUAGUGGUACAAGUACAAGUGUUAACAGUGCAAGUAGUUCAGUUGACCGUGUUACUACUAUGCCUGUACCUUUCAGUCCUAUUUUUACAAACCAUGGAUUUAAUCAUUCUUUAUCUUUCACGUCGUUUACAAAUCCACGCCAACCUAAGGCAACAGAUCAUUUUCUAUAUAGUAAUAUGAAACAUAUAUCUGGUCAAAGGUCAGUUAGCAAUUCACCAUCAUCUUUUCAACCAUUUCACAAAUCUACAUCGGAAUCUACAAACCAAGACAUCAAUCACGGUCAAGUUACGGAAAUAAUUGGUUUAUCAACAUCGUCUUCAUCAUCUGCAGUCAAUGAUGACAGCAUAAAAACUAAUCCUGAUAAUGAGUCAUCUAGUGUACAUGAAAAAGGUUUCUCAGAUGAUACUGAUAACUGUUCUUCAGAACCUGGCUCGUUCAAAGAAAAUCAAGCACAAUUAAUGGAACUUUUUAAUUUUACUAGUGACAUGACUAACAUUUUACCAACUUGUAAUCAUAUGGUUAUCGCUUUUCGUUAUCUUCUACCUCAACUUCUGCUUCUACCAAAUUUCCAAUUAUUAUAUCUGGCAGAUCAUAUUGAGGCUCUACAUGCUCAUGCUACUGAAGAAAAUGAACGAUCGACCCUCGAAGAUGUAAUAUCACUGCUAUCUAAAACCCGGUCCACUGUAUCCAAUGCAUUAUUUAACCAAGACUGGGUGAAAUCUGUCUCUCCGACAUUAGCUUUCUUCUUGAAAACUCCUUUUUGUUCUAAUCUAUAUCCAGCUGAAGGGAGAAGUAAAUUGGAAGAAUUGAUUUCUUCAGUUCGUCGCACGCAACACUCUUCCGAACUUCCACUUGUUAUGUCCGAGUUUCUGAUGGAUGGCCCAGUACAAGUUAGAAUUGAUCAUGGUCGUCCAAAGAAAUCUGAACGAAUUGCCUACCUAUUUAGUAAUUGGCUUCUAUUGUGUAAAAAGCAAAAACGUGUACUAAGUAACGUUGUGUCAUCUUCGUCGUCAUCAUCCAAUUCAAACUAUGUGUUAAAAGUGAAAAAACGCAUUUGCUUAGAACAGUUUCAUAUAAUUGAUGUAGCUUCAGAGUUCAGUGACAAUAAUGGUAUGUUAUUUCUCUUUGACUUGGAAUGUUGGGAAGCUCCUAAGCUAUCAUCUAUCAUGUCUAAUGUACAAACGAACACAACUAGUUCAUCCUGUAAUUCUUCUGUUGUACAGGCAGAAACACAGUCCGUACUUUCUGGUUCAUCCAAUCAUCAUCAUUAUCAACUUCAACUUGGCAGUGUACUUUCUGUUUCUACACUUACAAGUACUAACACAUUGAUUGAUCAUACCGUUGACUUAAAUAAUAUUGGAAAUAAUAAUAAUAAUAAUAAUAAUAAUAAUAAUAAUGAAAAUGACAAAUCAUUGAUUCUACCAACCGCUGGUGAUGCAGUGGAAGCUUCAAAUAAUGCUUUAUUGGAGGUGAUCUCAUCUUAUCCCAAACAACGUUUCACAUUUAUUUUCUAUAAUAAAGAAGAUAAAGCAAAUUGGAUAUCAGCUUUAGUGUAUCUCCAUUUAGCUAGGCUGUUUAAACGAUAUCUCACCUCUCUCCCUCGUCAAGAUCUUCCUUUGAUUUUACCAUCUCCUUCAGUUUACCGAUAUGCUGUUCCUGAUUCUCCAUCGAAUAUUAUAUUUGAAUCUUCUCAAACAGAUGGUAGCGCAGGAAUUCCUGUUAUACGUGCUGCUACAAUUUUGAAACUUAUUGAAAGAAUGACAUAUCAUGAAUAUUUUGACAAUAAAACUUUGAAUGCAUUUCUUUUGACGUACCGACGUUAUAUUACUUCUUUGGAGUUGUUGGAUUUAUUAAUUGAACGAUUUAAUAUACCAAAUCCAGACUUUACCGAGGCUGCUAAUGAGACAUUCAAUUCAAUUAAAGAACGUGAUAGUUCAAUUACUGUUGCUUUACGUUUAGAACAACGUUUCCGUUCAGUGUAUAAACGGCGUGUACAAUACAGGGUCUUAAAUUUCAUUAUCAAAUGGGUGAAAAAUUCUUCUUACUAUAAACUUGACAUAUUACCAGAUACUGUAUUACGCAGUAGAUUGUGGGAUUUUCUAGACACUGUAGAUGCUCGUAAUUUAUCUGACAAUGUGACAAAUAUUCGUAAAUCUCUUCUUGGUGAUAGAAUAAGAUUAAUUCAGACAAUUGAACAACCUCCACCUGAACAACUUGAUUUCGGUUUGGUAACAUCAUCAGAUGACGUGAAAUUAACCACAGUUCAUCCGUUAGAAUUCGCACGUCAAGUAACACUGUAUGAAUGGGAGUUAUAUUCUCGCAUUGAAUUUUGGGAAGUCACUGGUAAGGAAAAAAUCAAAUCUCCCAAUUUCGAAUUAUCACUCCAGUUUUCCAAUAAGUUUAAAUGUUGGUUAGUUAGUUCGAUAAUGUCAGCUGAACAUUUAGAAGACAGAAUGGUUAUUAUGCAACGUGUUGCUGAUCUGUUAGUAUACUUCGAUAGUUUGAAUAAUUUACAAGGUGUUCAAGAAGCCAAGGCUGCUCUAUUGAGUUCUCCAGUAUUUCGACUAAGUGAAACCUACGAUGCUUUAAUCUCCAAAUCAAAAUGUCAUUAUCGUAACUUUUUCGAAUCAUUGCGUCAGUUCGUUCAAGAUGAUAGCGCAAAUGUUUAUUUUACCGAUUAUCAAGAGAAAUUGCAUCGAAUUCAUCCACCUGGUCUCCCGUUUAUUGCAGUUGGGGAUAAGACACAACUGAUACAUUUAGAAUUGAAGCAUCCAGAUUGGGUAAAUGCUUCUACAUUGCCAUUUUCAACUGUACCAGAUACACAGAACUCUAGUAGUGGUUGUUUGGUUAAUUUCUGGAAAUGUCGUCAAUUAACUGAACUUGUUGAAUAUUAUUUGUCUUUUCAACAAACCCCGUACAAUUUCUCCAUAAAUAAGUCUAUCCGCGGUUUCCUAGAGACAUUAAACCCAUUGAAUACAUGGGGUGUUGACAAUGAGAGUUUAUUUGACGAUAUUAUGUAUGAAAAAUCUUUGAAAAUUCAGCCUAAGCGAUCUGAUUCGUUUUGUACAGUACCUCGUGAACGUAAUCUAAAGCCUGUAGAAAUAAAAAUCGCAGCUGCACUAAACCUAGUUCAACCGGAUCCUAAGCUAACUGCUGACUCACGGGAGUUUCGUAGUCUUCUUCAAAUGAUUUCUACUGUUACAAACCGUUCUUCAACCUUAACUUCAGCAUCCGAGUACCAAUUUGUGAAGGAGUCUUCUAAUAUACCUGAUAAAGCUGUAGAACAGACAAGUGAUAAGUCAAAUACAGUUGUAUCCUUAACAUUAAAUGACCCUUUGUCAUCUCUACAAAUUUCUAAUGAUGAUUCAUCGCUAGUGUCUGAUACUGACAAACGUUCAAGUCAUUUGAAGUCAUUUUCAAUGAACACCUGUGCUACUACUUCAUCAUCACCUGUAACAUUUCUUCACAAUGAUAGUUCUCAAUUUACAUCAAUCAUUACUCUUCCAGUUAGUGGUCAUAUAAAAGAUGAUAAUGCACAAAUUGUGUGUCUUUCUUCCCCACCGCCUCUACCUCCUCGAAUUAGUAGAUCAACUCAGCGAAAUACGCAUUCGGAACAGUUUAGCAAUCAGAUCUCAACGUUUCAAGAAUCCUCUCAUAAUAUAUCUAAUUCCACGUUUUCAAAUAUCAGAGAUAUAUCACCUGUAGAGUGUUUUCCAACCAACGUUAUCAUGACUUCUACUCACUGCGAUAUCUCGCAGCUGCCAUUCGAUAUUUCCUUGGAAUUAGAAAAUUCAUCUACAAUCAAUAAGUCGGCUACAUGUGAUGAUGUUGAUCCUCCUCCAAGACCACCCCAUCGUAGGCUAACUUCUUUAUCGUCUGUAACAGGUGGAAAAAGUCCUUCAGAUAACAUCAAUAUCAGUACAAAUAACUUGAUUGACAAUGUAUCAAAUCCGCCUAUUUUACCUCCUCGUACUCAUCAUCAUUGUGGUGAAGUACAUUCAUCUCGAUUAUCUAAAAAUACCAGUCCAAUAAUUCAAGAUAACAAUACCCUAAAAGAAGAUAAUUUAUGUAUAGAUUCUGGAAUAACAAAUUUAUCUCGUAUUUUAUCACAUAAUGUAACAAAUAUUAAUCGUUCUUUAUCAUCUCCACUACCACCUCCAUUGCCUCCGAAAAAAUCAACCACACCAAAUACCUAAAAAAAUAUAUGUAAAUAUUAUUUUGUUUUUCUCUAAUAACACCAAUUUUUCUUCUUUGUAUAAAUUGUCAUAUAUUUUGCAUUCAACACUACUUAUGUAAUUAAAUUUUCUUUUCAUUACCUUUUGUACAUAAUACAUAUGGAUGUUUCUGUUUAUACUGUAAUAUUUCUGUAUAUUUAUUAACUUUACGAUUUAGAUUUAUUGUAUUUCAUUUUUUUUCUUCGGUGGAUUAUAUCUGUAAAACACCCAUUUUAUACAAUUAAGUAUAUGGCUGUUCUUCUUUUUUAUUAAAAAAACAACCUCCAUUGUUAGUAUUCUCCGGUAUAAAUAAUUUCCGUCACCUCUUCAUCGCUGUCUUUUUUUCACUGUCAACUUUAAUUCCUAUGCAAUGAAUGAUGUACAUCAAUAUGAUAGUGAUAAACUGCUUGUAUGUCCUUUUGUGAAAGUGUUUUUGAAAAUCUACACUAACUAGAGAUGGAUUUACUUACCUUAACUCUCUUGUUAAGAUUUGCACUGGUUUAUGUAACUGCAAUUUAUUUUUAUAAUUCAUUGCAAAUUUGCACUUAUUGUAUUUUUCCCUGUUAUAUAUAUA